AUGGCCAGGUAUUUUGAAAAUACCACAACAUUCAACUUCAGUUGGGAUCAGGUUGCAUGCGGGUACUGGAAAAGGUACCCUAAUCCACAAAGCACACAUGUUCUUUCUGAGGACACCUGGAGCAGGCAAGUGAAGGAUGGAUGCCUUUAUACAAAACGGCUUCUUACGAAAACGAACAGAGUUCCAAAGUGGGGAGAAAGAUUCUUCAAUGCGAAAUCUGUUAAGAUAAUCGAGGAAAGCAUAGUUGACCCGAAGGAGAAAGUUCUAGUCACAUACACCAGGAAUUUGGGGUACACAAAAGUCAUGAGCGUGGUGGAACGCGUGGAGUACCGGUCUCUGGGCGGUGGGCAGACCAUCGCGAGGCGCUCCGCUUGGAUCGACUCUCAGGUGUUCGGCUUCUCGAGGGCCAUACGUGCCUUCGGUGUUGACAGGUUCCGCAAGAACUGCACGCAGAUGGUGAACGGCUUCAACGACGUGCUGCACGCGAUGUUCCCGCGCGCGGGCCACCCGCCGCCGGCGCCGGUGAGCCACGCGCUGCGCGAGAUGCGCGACGCGGCAGCCGCCGCCACCGACCGCGCCAAGGCCAACGUGCUCUCCAGCGUCAACCGCACC